AACAUAAACGGGAAUGUGAAGAGAAACUGAACGGGUAUCCAAAAAUGAUUAGGAGUAAAGAACAUGGAGUAAAGAACUCAGUCUUUGAAAGGAGAUGAAAACAUGUGCAUUUGAAAGCCAGUGACAAUGCUGACAGUGCUCUGUGUCCUGCUAACGCUGGGGAAUCAUGCCCUGGGGGCAGGUUACGCCCCCAUGCCUCAGAUGAAAUAUGUGCAGCCCAUGAUGAAGGGGCCUGUUGGGCCACCCUUCAGAGAAGGCAAGGGCCAGUAUCUUGAGUUUCCACCCAUGAUGGAUAUUAAAGGGGAGCCAGGUCCUCAAGGGAAGCCAGGACCAAGGGGACCACCUGGGCCUCCUGGAUUACCAGGGAAACCAGGUAUAGGAAAAGCUGGUCUCAAUGGUCAAACAGGUCCUUCAGGGCCUCCAGGAUUCCCUGGGAUUGGAAAACCAGGACUACCAGGGUUACCAGGAAAACUGGGACCUAAAGGACCUCCUGGACUCAAUGGUGAGGUUGGACCUCAUGGAGAGGUGGGUCCACGUGGACUUCCAGGUCAGCCAGGACCACCUGGACCAGCAGGUCUGUCGUUGAACGGCAAACCAGGGUUACCUGGGACUAGAGGCCCACCAGGGUCAAGAGGUGACCCGGGGCCUAAAGGCGGACAUGGUAUUCCUGGUGAACAAGGACCAAAAGGGGAAAAUGGCAAUGGAAAGCCAGGUCCAACAGGUCCCAGGGGACCCACUGGCCUUCAAGGACCUUCAGGAUCUCCAGGUGUUCCUGGGUUGGGUAAACCAGGGAUUGAUGGGCUGCCUGGACAAGCAGGGCCAAAAGGAGAUAAAGGACUUCCAGGAGUUCAAGGUGUCCCAGGGGAAGCUGGUCCUCCUGGACUACAAGGUCAGCAAGGGGCAGCUGGUGUGGGAAAACCUGGACUUGAUGGUGCUCCAGGUAACUCAGGCCCAAUUGGUCCAAAGGGUGAAGUUGGCCCCAGAGGAACUCCUGGGUUUCCUGGCCCCCCUGGCUAUGGUAAACCAGGGUUUUUAGGACAGAAAGGAGAUAGAGGUCCUGGUGGAUUACAAGGAGCCCUUGGUGACAAAGGAGAACCUGGGAUGGAUGGUCUACCAGGAGAUACAGGGCCAACUGGACAGCCAGGACUUCCAGGUCCACAAGGUCCUAUGGGUCUUCCAGGGAAACAUGGGAUGCCUGGUCUAAAGGGAGAGAAAGGCCCACAAGGACCUCCGGGCUUGCCAGGACUUAGAGGAGAUCAGGGUCCCAGUGGGCUUUCAGGAAAGCCUGGCCUGCCAGGGGAUAAGGGCCUUCCUGGUCUCAACGGAGCCACAGGCAAACCUGGACCUAAAGGGGAACCGGGUCACAUCGGACUGCCAGGUAAUCCUGGUUUGAUUGGGGGACCAGGUCUAAAAGGUGAGAAUGGGUUACCAGGACCCCCUGGGCCACGUGGCAAUUCAGGGAUCCCUGGACUCCCAGGCCCCACUGGUCAUAUGGGACCUCAGGGUAUUCCAGGGUUGAAAGGCGAACAAGGUCCACCGGGCCCCCAAGGAAUUGGAAAGCCUGGAGACAAAGGUAUGCCUGGUCCACAAGGACCUCCAGGAAAACCUGGCCCUCCUGGAUUUAGCGGUAUGCAGGGCCCUCCAGGUCCGCCUGGACCUCCUGGGCUUCCCGGCCCACCAAGUGGUGAUAUAAAUCAGUUAGCGGUUCAAGGACCAAAUAUUGUAGGAGAAUCCAUUCCAAAGCCAAAUGGUGAGAAACCUUAUUUUGGUCAGGCUGAGCUCUCUGCCUCUGUGGCUCCUGCUUUUACCGCCAUUUUGACGACACCAUUUCCACCAUCUGGAAUGCCGAUCAAAUUUCCACAUACACCUAUGAUGAGUACAAGAAGGGCUAUAUGGACCAGGCAUCAGGUAGUGCGGUACUGGAGCUGA